AUGCGUGUGGGGAAGAGAAAAGGGUACCACAGGAGCCUCCCAAUCACCCGCAUGCAGCUAUUGACUGGUUGCAUGGAGCAAUUAAACUACCGCAUCUCUCCGAUGCAUGUACAGGGGCAAUCCGCCGACGCCAGCAGCCUCCCCGCCGACGACAUGCUCGGCGACUCCGGCGGCAUAAGCGGCGGCGGUCCGUGGUCUGGCCGCAUCCAGUGGGCGCGGGAGGAGACGCUGGCCCUCAUCAGGAUCCGGUCGGAGAUGGCCGCCGCCUUCCGCGACGCCGCAGUCAGGGGCAGGGCUCCCCUCUGGAUCUGGGAAGAGGUCGCCAGCAAGCUUGCGGAGCUUGGCUACGAGAGGAGGAGCGCCAAGAAGUGCAGGGAGAAGCUUGGGGGCAUGAACAGGUCCUACAAGCGCGCCGAGAAGAGCCGGGCCGGCAGGCAGGACGGCAGGAGCUACCCCUUCUCCCAGGCGCUCGACGCGCUGCACGCCGCCACCGCCCGCGCGUGGCUACAGAAGCACCAGGAGCAGCUGCUGAUGGUCCUUGGCGGCCGCGGCCCCCCGCCGCUGCACGCCUUCUCGGCGCCGCGACCGAUGAGCACAAUGCCGCCGCCGCCGCCGCCACCGAGGUUCCCCAUCAUGCCGGCUCCUGUUUCCUGGGCGGCGCCUGCGGCGGCGGCGGAGCUCCCCCAGCCACCUCCCGUCUGUCUGCAAAACCUGAGCUUCCCGUUCAUGUCCGAGUCUGAGUCGGACGACGACGGGUCCGGGGAUGGCGAGAUGGCGGCGGCGACCGGCGACUGCCCGGAUGGCCUCGGCAACCGCAAGCGCAAGCGGGGCGGCGGCAGGGAGAAGAUGAUGGCUUUCGUGGAGAGGCUGAUGAAGCAGGUCGUCGGGUGGCAAGAGGAGAUGCAGCAGCGGUUCCUGGCGACCAUGGAGAAGAGGGAGGCGGAGCGCGCGGCGCGGGAGGAGGCCUGGCGCCGGCAGGAGGUGGCCCGGCUCAAGCGCGAGCAGGAGCAGCGCGCGCACGAUCGCGCCGCGGCGGCCGCACGCCACGCCUCCAUCAUCGCCUUCAUCCAGCGCGUCGGCGGGCAUGGCGCGCAAGUCCCGCCCGUCGUCUUCCCUACGCCCACGCCGCUCCAACGCCAGCCACCGCCGCAACCUCGACAGAAGCUGCCGCCGCCACCGCCGCGGCGAGCCACGCCGCCGCCCCAGCCGCAGCCCAUCCCAGCCGCGCCGCUCCAAUGGCAGCCACCGCCGCAACCACCACAGGCACAGCACAAGGAAACGAUGCAGGAAGAAGCGGAUCGACCCCGACUUCCGCUGGCUCAUCAGCACUCGCCCUGGUUCCCGCCGCCAUGGAGCAGUGCUUCCCCCAAGUUUGCAGAUCACACCUUGCAGCAGUCGUAG